GACCGAGCACACUCGCCCCUGUCUACACUAACAUCGCGUCGCAUGCCGUGGGAUUCCAUUCUCAUCGACCUCUACACAAUCUAGUGUUGUCCUUGCAUUGCAAAUUUGCAGAAGAAUAACUGCUUUCACUCUUGCGUCUCCCUGCAACCCUAAAUUCCACCUGAGUUCUUGGAAUUAGCCAACUACUGGCUGAGAAGAUAAUAAGAGAUGGUUGAAGGUCGAAAUUCAUUAACUUCUCUGCAAGUUUUUUGCAUUGGAACGGCUGAUACGAAGCUUGAGGAGCUCCUAUUUCUCUCUAAUGCGGUCCGAUCCAGUCUCAGUUGCUUUGCCACUAAUUCUUCCACCAAGGUGGAUGUCACAGUGGUGGAUAUCUCAACCGGCAGUCAGGAAAUGAGUAGUUGUGGAGAUUUUAAUUUUGUUUCAAGGAAAGAUGUGCUUUCAUUCUAUUCUACAGGAGAGCAAUCAGUUCAGCUCCCAGAUGACAGAGGCAAAGCUAUUUCAAUUAUGAGUAAAGGGCUUGAGAAAUUCCUCAUUGGGGCUCACAGUGAUCAGGUUCUUGCUGGAGUUGUCGGUUUAGGAGGCAGUGGAGGGACAUCUUUGUUGUCGCCAGUUUUCCGCUCUCUCCCAAUUGGGAUCCCCAAAGUGAUUGUGUCAACCAUGGCCAGCGGUCAAACACAACACUAUGUUGGAACAUCCGACUUGGUAUUAUUUCCUUCCGUAGUUGAUAUUUGUGGGAUUAACAGUGUUAGUAGGGCUGUUCUCUCCAAUGCGGGUGCAGCAUUUGCUGGUAUGGUGGUUGCACGAAUUCAGAGCAUUAGAAAAUCAUGUGCUGCUGAUGAAAAGUUUACUGUUGGAAUUACAAUGUUUGGUGUUACCACUCCAUGUGUUAAUGCUGUUAAAGAAAGGCUGAGUAAAGAAGGAUUUGAGACCUUGGUUUUUCAUGCUACUGGAGUUGGGGGAAGGGCCAUGGAAGAACUGGUUAAAGGAGGAUUCAUUCAGGGUGUGUUGGACAUCACAACAACUGAGGUUGCAGAUUACCUUGUUGGGGGUGUUAUGGCAUGUGAUGAUUCUCGCUUUGAUGCUAUAUUAGAAAAGAAGGUUCCUUUGGUUCUAAGUGUCGGAGCAUUGGAUAUGGUAAAUUUUGGUCCCAAAAGUUCCAUACCUUCUGGUUUUCAGCAAAGGAAGAUUCACGAGCAUAAUGAGCAGGUUUCUCUCAUGCGAACUACAAUGGAUGAAAAUAAGAAGUUUGCUGCAUUUAUAGCCGACAAGUUGAAUAAGUCAUCUUCAAAGGUACGUAUUUGCUUGCCAGAGAAAGGUAUUUCUGCAUUGGAUGCCCCAAGGAAACCAUUUCAUGACCCUCAAGCAACUGAAUGCCUUGUUAAAGAGCUGCAAAGUCUUGUUCAGAUAAGUGAAGAUCGUCAGGUCAACAUCUUCCCUUAUCAUAUUAAUGACCUGGAGUUUGCAAAUGCUUUGGUUGAUUCAUUCUUAGACAUCUGUUUGAAGCCUAAAGUUGUAGAUACUCAUCAAUCUAGUUAUGAAUCUAUUCAAAAACCUAAGCUUGUUGAUGAUCAACCAAAAUUCUCAAGCAUAGAAAACCUUUAUUUGUGUUCGAGUGACUUCCCCAAUGCAAAACCAGAUGAUCCAAUGGCAGAGGAGUUCUGGAUCAUGAUCAGUGAGAAAUUGCAGGCCCCCACCUUGCCGGCUGAUGGUAAAAACCUAACCUUUAAGAAAAAGAAACUCUUCACUAGGAAUGGUCUCAAGCCCACGGCCCCCUCAAAAAAAGCAGUCAAGAGACCGAUGGCUUGUUUGUCAAUCACUAGGAAUACCCUGAAUAAAAAGGUGCGCAAGGGAGAGAAUUUUUCCGUUGCCGCCACCAAGACUGUUGAAAUGGCAGCCUUGUUGACUGACCAAGUUGCUGAGACGCUCCAAGAUAAUCUCUGCAAGGAUUCCAUAUUUGGGACUGAGCUCCACACCCAGUUGACCUUAAUCCCUGAGGAGACAAAGGCUGUGGAGGCUGAAGAGAAACUCAAGGCUGAGCAGGCAGCACGGUCAGCUGCUGAAGAGCAGUUAAAAGCUGAAAGGGAGGCUCGGUCAGCAUGUGAGGCAAGACUAGUGACUGAACGGAAAGCUGCAGUGACAGAGUAUAAGGCUGGAAGAGACUUCCUCGUAGACGCACUUGAGUUUGCCCGGGCCCACCAUGACCGGGUAAUUGAGGCGGUGCUAACAUGUCCCAAAGAAGCCAUCCACUUCUUUUGUAGGCUUCAUGAGAAUGAAAUCGGGCGGUUGAUGCUACUGAAGAUGGGUGCCUAUGGGUUCUUGAAGGGGCGAAAGUCAGAGAGAUCCGAGCUGUAUGAAGUUAUGAAUGACUUUUUGCAUGAUAACUUCGAUCCGGCUGAAUACGACCUGCCCGAGCCCUUCAUGGUCGAACCGGUCAAUCCAUUCCUUAGCCCACCUGGGAAACAGUAGAAUAGUAGUUUGUACUUAAUUGUUUUUUCUUGUUUUCUACUUUGACCUUGUAGGCUUGUACGCUGGAAAUGACCAACCAGUUUUUCUUUGUUUCGAUUGAGAUGUGGAUUUACCAAUAGGGGUAGUAUGGUGUUCUUUUCUUUCUUUCGUUAUAUAGACAUGAUGAUCGACGGAAUCUUCUCUUUAUAACAGAGACAUUGCAGAGAACACAUGUUAUACUUCAGAAACUAAGACAUCAGAUUAGUAUGGGUAAACCUGUCAUUGGGGCUGGUGCUGGAACAGGAAUUUCAGCAAAAUUUGAGGAGGCUGGUGGUGUGGAUUUGAUUAUCGUAUACAACUCUGGGCGUUUUCGGAUGGCAGGAAGAGGUUCCUUGUCUGGAUUGUUGCCCUUCGCUGAUGCAAAUGCCAUCGUUCUUGAGAUGGCCAAUGAAGUUUUGCCUGUGGUAAAAACAGUACCAGUUCUGGCAGGAGUUUGUGCCACUGACCCGUUCCGCAGGAUGGAUUAUUUCCUGAAGCAGUUGGAAUCUGUUGGAUUCUUUGGUGUGCAAAACUUUCCAACGGUUGGGCUAUUUGAUGGAAAUUUUAGGCAAAACCUAGAAGAGACUGGAAUGGGUUAUAGUUUAGAGGUUGAGAUGAUUGAAAAAGCUCAUAAAAUGGGCCUUUUGACUACCCCAUACGCUUUCAAUCCAAAUGAAGCUGCACAAAUGGCCAAAGCUGGUGCUGACAUUAUAGUUGCCCACAUGGGGCUCACAACAUCCGGAUCCAUUGGAGCAAAAACAGCUCUAUCGUUGGAGGACAGCGUGCUUUGCAUACAAGGUAUUGCAGAUGCUGCUCAUGAGGUUAAUUCCAAUGUGAUCGUUCUUUGUCAUGGAGGUCCUAUAUCUGGUCCUAAAGAAGCAGAAUAUGUUCUGAAAAGAACCAAAGGAGUUCAUGGGUUUUAUGGUGCUUCUAGUUUGGAGAGGCUACCUGUUGAGAAGGCUAUAACAGAGACAAUGCAGCAGUAUAAAUCCAUUUCUAUGAUGUAAAAAUAAAAUUACCAGUUUCAUAAUUUUUAUGCUUAGAUGGUCACCCCCAGGGAGGCUCUCAUGUAUGUUCAUAAUCUCUUUUCGUGUAUGAUACUUAAAUCUCCCAUGUGUGUAAUACUACUUGUACCUAAAUAAACUUUUAUAUGUUUCUUUAUCAUGAAUUUAGCUUUUAAUUUACCCAUAGUUAUUAUUUCUUUUUAGAAGAAACAUCUACCAAGUAUUGUUUUGCUUGGAGAGCUUAUGUGAGAAGCUGCU